UUUUCUCUUCACACCCUCUCGCUAGUCUCCACUUUUCUUCUAAUCGCAGAAACCCUAGUCUCUCAAAAAGUCAUCUUGCUUGAUUACCGAGCUCGAGCUUUGAAAAGGGUUUUAAAGUUAAUCACUUGCUUAUCGAGAUUUUCAAUACAAAUGGAGAAUUCAUCACAAAUCUAUCAUGAGAAACAGAAAUUGCAGUUCUGUCUAUUGCAUGCUCUCAACAAUCUCUUCCAAGAAAAGGAUACAUUCACUCGUGCAAACCUAAACACUGUAGCUGAACAACUUGUUCUUGUUGAUCCAAAUAGAGAAAAUCAGAGAUGGGUUCCUUUAAUUUUCAAGCAACAUCACAAUUCAAUCACAGGGAAUUAUGAUAUCAAUGUUCUGAUUUCAUCUCUAGAACAAAAGGGUAAAUCUGUAGUUUGGCACGAUCGACGGAAUGGUGCUUCUUCCAUUGAUCUUAAUAAAUCUGAAGAUGUGUUGAUGGGUAUUAUUCUAAAUAUUCCUAUUAUUAAAUUUAGAGGACUUUGGAAAUCUAGACAUUGGAUCGCACUUAGAAGAAUACAAGGGGUUUGGUAUAAUUUAGACAGUGAUCUUAAUACACCUCAUGCGUUUAGAGAUACUGACGAAGUGAAAGAAUUCCUGGAUUUUGUUAUUGGUUGUGGCGCAGAGGUUUUGCUUGUUUUGCAUGAUAAAGAGUGAUAUUAUUGUGAAUGUUACAAAUUACUAGAUUG